AUGUCGGAUGGUGGCGGUGAACAAAUUCAAGAGGUACAAAAUCUUAUUGAACUAGAGGAAGAAGAAGAAAAAGAAGUUAAACCAAAAUUAGAGCUACCAUUCCCUUUCGAAAAAGAACUUUAUGAUAAACAAUGUAAAAGAAUUUUUAUCGUAGAAAAAUUCGUGCCUACAGAAAGGGAAAGUCAUAAUAUUGGAUGGCCGUCAUUGGAUGCACAAUAUUUAAAUAAAAAUGUAAACAGAAUAUUAGCACCAAAAUUACGUUGUGACUUAACAGUUUUUGGUGAAGCGUUAGGAAAAGAAAGGGUAACUGAACGUCCUGAAUUUUCAGGUGAAAAAUUUUUCCUAAGAUAA